GGCAGCCGCUACUGGCAGUUCUUCCUUUUCCUUUUCCCGGUGUCUUUCGGAUUUACCGGCAGUGAGCGUCAGCGACGUCCACAGGAUCGUCGGUGCCCUGUCCCGCACCCCGACGAGUAAGAGGGACAAGGGAUUUAAAAUGUACAUUUCUUCGUACAUUCACAACUAUGAGGUUUCCAUAAAAGAUCAGGAUUCAGGAGAGGUGGUCGUGAGGGCAAUGUGCUACAGGUCGCUGAUGAAAAAAGAGAAACCUCACAGCUUGAGUGUGGUUCUUAAAGACAGCAAGCCUGUGCAGCUGAUUCAUCAUACAUGUUCUUGCAUUGCUGGAGCUGCGCUGUGCAACCACUGUGUUGCUCUUUUGUACCAGUCAGCCCACUACUCGCAGCUGAAGGUGCCUGUAGUCCCCCCUGUGCUAAGCUGUACUGAGGGAGAACAGCAGUGGCACAAACCUAGGACUUUGGGUAUAAAACCAGGCCCAGUGGACAAAAUGGCUGUGCUGUCUACUAAACCGAAGAGCCGUCCUAAAGCAACAACAGAGGGUAUAAGGAGCACGCUAUACAAAGGCCUUAGUGGGGAUCUACCUGAUCUUUCUGUCCUUCGGGUGACUGAGGCAUAUGCUGACUUCUCCAGAGCAGAGUCGCCAAUGGUGUGUAGCAUGAACAUCAGCUGUGAGGUUCCAUUGGUCAACUCUGCCCUUGGGAUGGUGCAAGCCGGAAGCCCGAUUGCCUACCAACAGCCAGCAGCAGCAUGUAGAGAUCUAUCCUUCCACAUUGCCCCACCUCGUCCAUACCUACCCUUGGAAGGUUACCGCUUACAGCCCUCAAUCUACAUGUCUAACACCACUGAGGCAGAGCGCAGGCACUUACAGAGCCUACAGGUGACUUGGGAUAUGGCAAAUAAACUGGAAAGUGCCACAAGAACCCAAAGCUCCUGCGAGGAAUGGCACCAGUUGCGGAGACCAAGACUCACUGCUUCGCGUUUCAGGGAGAUCUGCUUUGUCAGCAACAAAUGUGAGGACAGUCUGGCUGAUAGGAUCCUGAAGGGAACAUAUCAGACGAAGGCCAUGAGAAGAGGACUGGAGUUGGAGGCUGAUGCCAUAUGGGAGUACACCCAAAUAAAGAGGGUCAACCACUAUCCGUGUGGAUUUAUAAUCCACCCAGACACGCCUUGGCUGGGAGCAUCUCCGGAUGGACUAGUUUUUGACCCGACAGAACCCUCUUCCUUCGGUCUUCUAGAAAUUAAGUGCCCAAAUGUUAAAAACUAUGUUGACUGUCCCUAUGUUAAAAUGACCUUAGGCAAAAUGGAGCUGAAGACUUCACAUGCGUACUACUACCAAAUUCAGGGGCAGUUAUUGGUAAGUGGCAUGACGUGGUGUGAUUUUGUUGUGUCGGCGGAGGAAGACACAUUAAUUAAUAGAAUACACAGAGAUGUAGAAGUGUUCAAGGUCAUCAGAGACAAAGUUGACCAAUUUUAUUUCAAUGUUUACAUGCGAAAAUGCAUGUAAAUGAUCAACUUAAUAAACAAUGAACA